UGGGAAUAAUGAAGAUGUUUUCCCUCUUCCCGGCAUUCAGAUUCAUCUGGCUCACCAAGCCAGCUAGCCGGCACUUUCACAGACAUCACCAGCUUCAGGUGCCACUGACUCUUGCUGACUUUGAAGCCAUCAGUCGCUGUGAGAGACCAUUGCCUAAGAAUUUUAACUUCGCAGGGGAUGUGCUGGACCAGUGGUCCCAAAAAGAGAAGACAGGAGAGAGACCAGCCAACCCAGCCCUUUGGUGGGUGAAUGGCAAAGGGGGCGAAGUGAAAUGGAGCUUUGGAGAGCUGGGCACCUUGUCCCGAAAGACUGCAAAUGUGCUCACCAAGCCCUGUGGCUUAAAGAGAGGAGACCGAGUGGCCAUCUUUCUGCCCCGAAUCCCAGAGUGGUGGCUGGUCAACGUGGCUUGUAUACGAACAGGGCUUGUCUUUAUGCCAGGAACAACGCAGCUGACAGCAAAAGACAUCCUCUAUCGGCUGCGAGCAUCCAAGGCCAAGUGCCUCGUGGCCAGUGAGGAGGUGGCCCCAGCAGUAGAGUCCAUCGUGUCAGAGUGUCCUGACUUGAAGACCAAACUCCUGGUGUCUCCAUACAGCCGUCAGGGGUGGCUUAGCUUCCAGGAAUUAUUUCAAUCUGCCUCUGCAGAGCACACCUGUGUGGAGACAGAAAGUCAAGAGCCGAUGGCCAUUUAUUUCACUAGUGGGACCACAGGUUCUCCUAAGAUGGCCCAGCACUCUCAGAGCAGCCUUGGAAUUGGGUAUACCCUCUGCGGAAGGUAUUGGCUAGAUCUGAGGUCAUCAGAUAUCAUAUGGAAUAUGUCCGACACUGGCUGGAUCAAGGCCGCCAUUGGCAGUCUGUUUUCGUCCUGGCUUCAGGGAGCCUGUGUCUUUGUGCAUCGGAUGGCCCAGUUUGACCCUGAUACCUUCCUAGAUACGCUUACCACUUACCCCAUUACGACCCUGUGCAGCGCUCCUACUGCGUACCGGAUGCUUGUGCAAAAAGACCUUAAGAGAUAUAAAUUCAAGAAGCUACGGCACUGCUCGACAGCAGGGGAGCCACUCAACCCAGAGGUGUGGGAACAGUGGAAGGCACAAACUGGGCUGGAACUGUACGAGGGCUACGGACAGACAGAAGUGGGAAUAAUUUGUUGCAAUCAUAAAGGACAAGAAAUUAAACCAGGUUCUAUGGGGAAGGGAGGACUGCCCUACGAUGUGCAGAUUAUAGAUGAAAAUGGAAACAUCCUACCACCUGGCAAAGAAGGAGAUAUUGCCCUCAAACUACAGUCUACACGGCCCUUCUGUUUCUUCUCAGAAUAUGUGGACAACCCAGAAAAAACUGCAGCCACAAUAAGAGGGAAUUUUUAUGUCACUGGAGACAGAGGAGUGAUGGACAGCGAUGGGUAUUUCUGGUUUGUCGGCAGAGCUGAUGAUGUCAUCAUAUCCUCUGGUUACCGUAUUGGGCCAUUUGAAGUUGAGAGUGCACUGACUGAGCACCCAGCAGUUGUUGAAUCAGCUGUUGUCAGCAGUCCAGACUCAAUCAGAGGAGAGGUAGUGAAAGCUUUUGUCGUCUUAUCUGCACCCUUUAAAUCAUCCAACCGAGAGAAAUUAACACUUGAACUUCAGAAUCAUGUGAAAAAAUCAACUGCACCUUACAAAUAUCCAAGAAAGGUGGAAUUUGUUGAAAACCUCCCAAAGACAGUCACUGGGAAAAUCAAACGCAACGUUUUAAGAGACCAUGAAUGGGGACGAACAUAG